AUGCGGCCCCUCUCGGGCUCGGGGGUCCCUCUGCUGCCGGGGUCCGCGGCCGUCCCGUCCCCGGGACCUUCGCUGGGCCGGUCCACCGGGGCUCGGGAGAGCGUGAAGGUGCUGCGGCUGACUCUGCCGAAUGACCUCCCGGGCGACAGGCGCGAGCAGCCGAAGCAGAAGCCAGUAGGAAAAGCCUUCGCGAUGGUGGCCAACAGAUCCAGCAACGGUCACUCCCUGGCCUCCGAAUGCAUCAAAUCCAACGAUGGCGAUGAGGAGAUCAUCAAGGUUUAUCUCAAGGCACGGGCCGAGGGCAGCAUGAACCACGAGGAGCACGUCAACCAGCUGAAAAGUGAAGUUCGUUACAUUCAAGAGGCUAGAAGUUCUUUGAAGAAGCUGCGGGAAGACUUAAGUAGUAAACUUGAGAACAGACAAGGAGAUAAACAGCAUGCACAGGUCAUGCUGGAAAAGCAGAACGGGAGUUGGCUGUACCCUGAGAGCCUGCGUGCCGAUUCCUGGGAGGACCAGGAGGAGGACUGCUCAGGUGAAGACGUGGAAAAGAUCCGACAGACGGCAAAGAGGCUGUUCACGAAGCUGCAGGAGGCUGAAAAGCGCCAUCAGCUGGAAAAGAAAGCCUUUGAGAGGACGGUCUCGCAGUACCAGGAGGAAGCGGAGCAGACAAGCUCUGCCCUGCGGAGAGCGGAGAAGAGCGUGGCGGAGAAGGAGGUGCAGGUGGAUGAGCUGCAGAGACUCCUGGCAGGGAUGGAGAAGGAGCACAGGAGUUUGCUGCUGAAGAUGAAAGAAGGCGAAGCAGAGCUGGCGAGGCUGCGAAGCGUGGAAGGUGACAAGCUCGCCGAACAAGACCGGUCAGCCCAGCUGGAGAAGGAGGUGGCCAUGCUGCGGGAGAAGAUACACCAUCUGGACGACAUGCUGAAAAGCCAGCAACGCAAAGUCCGCCAGAUGAUCGAGCAGCUCCAGAACUCCAAAACGGUGAUUCAGGCCAAAGAUGCCGUGAUCCAGGAGCUCAAGGAGAGAGUCGCUUACUUGGAGGCUGAGAACCUGGAGAUGCAUGACCGCAUAGAGCACUUGAUCGAGAAGCAAGUCAGCCGGGGCGGCCACAGCUCCAGAGUGCGCUCGAAGUCGGAGUACGUGAGCAGCAAAAGGCUGACGGGCCCCAAGCCGCUGCCUCUCAUUCGAGUAGUGGAAACAUGAGUUUCGAGGGCCGGUCCGAGCCGAAGACUCUCCCCUUGUUAUCGUUGACUGGAUUUCCCUGCUUGACUGCCGCCCUCUGGCCUCUGUGCCCCCGGAGUCUCCCCGGAGCUGUCGGCGGAGGGCUGUGCCCCGGAGAACUGUGGCAGCCGAGGACAGACGUAGCCGGGGCGGUCCUGGCAGAGGAAGGAGGUUUGCGAAGCGUCCACAUUGCUGUCCCCACUGGGUCCCAAGGUCACACGGAUGCCAGUUUGGAGGCCGGGACCAGCUGGUCCCGGCGUGGACACGGUGGCUCUCUGGCCGGAGAGCCGGGCUCCCUUUCCCUGGUCAGUCCUGGGUUUGCCGGGGUUGCUCUGCAAGAGCAGCCUUUGCUUCUGAAGGGUCUCAUCCAAACAGAGCCCCCCCUUCAGCUUGCAGCUUGCCAACAUGGACUUGGGGUUUAACCUUUUU